AUGAGCGAGGAGUGUGCUAAUCCCCUCCUUUUGGGGUGGAUCAAAGAAUGGCUGGAUCAGGCCCGCGAACGCAACAGCAAAGGCGUGACAGUGUACAAAAAAGCCUAUGAGUCGAUGAAAGCGUGCCCCCUGGCUUUUGAGCACCCUUCACAAGCACAACAAUUGAAUGGACUCGGCCCAAAACUGUGUGACCGCCUGACGGAGAAGCUGAAGGCCUACUGCCAAGAGAAUGGACUUCCUCUGCCACAAGUCCCUAGUCAAGGCAAAAAAAGGACAUCAGAUACAGGUGUUGCUGAACAACCGACGAAGAAGCCACGAAAAGCCAAACCUUAUGUACCGACUCUACGGUCUGGACCAUAUGCGCUGUUGUUGGGCCUGGCUACUCAAGACGAGAACUCAGAUCAAGGCAUGACAAAAUCUCAUCUGAUAGAGGUGGCACAGCCGUACUGUGACAGUUCGUUUACUGCACCUCCGGAUCCAUCGAAAUUCUACACCGCGUGGAAUUCCAUGAAGACAUUGAUCCAAAAGGACCUCGUCACCGAACGCGGUCGCCCACUCAGAAAAUAUGCGCUUUCUGAGGAAGGCUGGGAAGUGGCCAAGCGUAUUCAAAAGACUUUGCCCGGCGCAUCUAAGAAUAUUGCCGCCCCUACAGAGAGCAGUUCUCGAAUCCAGCCGACGCAAAUGGGCCCUGCAGUUGGGAACAGAUCUCCUCCAGGCGACGAAGACGACGGCGACGUUGUAAUACAAGCGCAGCCUACCUCUUUUCUUGGGCAAAGCGCUCACACCGACGGCCCUACGGAACCUAUCACCCUCCCCCCAGGAAGUUUCACCAUUGAAUUAGUGCUUGAUACUCGAGAGGUACGCAGUAAAGACGACCGAGACUACAUCGCCAACGAGCUCAUAAAAAAAGGCAUCACGCCACAGGUGCGGGCUCUGGAGUUAGGCGACAUCAUGUGGGUGGCCAAGUGUCGGGACCCUGCAUAUCUCACGCGUUAUGGCGAGGAAGGUAAUGAGGUAAUGCUGGAUUGGAUCGUCGAAAGAAAGCGUCUUGACGAUCUCAUUGGUUCUAUCAAAGACGGACGAUUCCAUGAGCAGAAAUUUCGUCUCAAACGAUCGGGUAUCAAAAAUGUCAUCUACCUCAUCGAAGAAUUCUCAGUAACUCACGCCGACGCUGGUCCCGGCAGUGCAGCGAAGUACCAGGAGAUGGCUGCUUCGGCUAUUGCAUCAACGCAAGUGGUUAAUGGGUAUUUCCUGAAGCAAACUCGUUCUCUCGAUGACUCGAUCCGAUAUCUCGCCCGCAUGACUCGACUUCUUCGCAAAAUGUACGGCGCGCAAGAUUCGCCGAAUGACGAGCCUCAAUCUGGCUCCACAUCGAGUCCAACCUCGGUUGCUGUUGUUCCAAGCCGGCGCAUCUCCUCGAUCAAAUCAUAUCUCAGUCUACUAGAUGACCUCCGAGCGAAGGAUCUGUCCGUCACGUACGGUGUCACAUUCUCCACAUUCUCAGCUCUUGCUUCCAAGUCAAACACCUUAACCCUCCGGGACGUCUUCUUGAAGAUGCUCAUGUGUAUGCGUCAGGUGACCGGUGAGAGAGCAAUGGCGAUUCAGCGACUAUGGCCAACGCCACGACACCUCGUCGAAGCAUACAUGGCGCUGGAGCCUAGCGAGCGAGAAACAUUGAUGUCAGAUAAACUACAUUCUGUCGUUGGCCGGAAAACCUUCGGCAAAGUACUGAGCAAGAAGAUUGCCGAAGUUUGGGGAGAAUCCGGAUGA